ACCAAGGACAAGGAGAAAAUGCCACGCAAGAUUGAAGGUUUCUUCUUGUUACUUCUUUUUGGCUAUGAAGCCACAUUGGGAUUGUCAUCGACAGAGGAUGAGGGUGAGGACCCCUGGUACCAGAAGGCAUGCAAGUGUGAUUGCCAGGUAGGAGCCAAUGCUCUGUGGUCUGCUGGAGCUACCUCCUUAGACUGUAUUCCAGAAUGCCCAUAUCACAAGCCCCUGGGUUUCGAGUCAGGGGAGGUCAUGCCAGAUCAGAUCACUUGCUCCAACCCAGAGCAGUAUGUGGGCUGGUAUUCUUCAUGGACAGCAAACAAGGCCAGACUCAACAGUCAAGGUUUUGGGUGUGCUUGGCUUUCCAAGUAUCAGGACAGCAGCCAGUGGUUACAGAUAGAUUUGAAGGAGAUCAAGGUGAUUUCGGGAAUCCUUACCCAAGGACGCUGUGACAUAGACGAGUGGGUGACCAAGUACAGUGUGCAGUAUAGGACUGAUGAGCGCCUGAACUGGAUCUACUAUAAGGAUCAGACCGGAAACAAUCGGGUCUUCUAUGGAAACUCAGACCGGAGUUCUACAGUUCAGAACUUACUCAGGCCCCCCAUCAUUUCCCGCUUCAUCCGACUGAUCCCUCUAGGCUGGCAUGUCCGAAUUGCCAUCCGGAUGGAGCUGCUUGAGUGUGCCAGCAAGUGUGCCUGAUGUCUAUUUCAGAGCUUUGGGGGAAGGGCACCCUGAAAUACCACUGGGAU